UAGAUGGCGUCACCCGGAGCGUGAGUUGUUGCACGAGGAUGUUGAAGGCAAUGGCUAAGAACAAACUAAGAGGGCAGAAGUCCAGGAAUGUAUUUCAUAUAGCCAGCCAAAAAAACUUUAAGUCUAAAAAUAAAGACAAACCAGUUACCACUAGCCUAAAGAAGAUAAACAUUGUGAAUAAUGAAAAAGUUACCAGAGUGAAUAAAGCUUUUGUAGAUAUACAAAAGGAACUUGCACAUUUCUCAAAAGGCCUUUCCCUUGAACCUUUGCAGAAACAGCUGAUUCCUCAGCAGUGUCAUAAAAACGAACCAGUUAAUGUUGAUGAAGCGACAAGAUUAAUGGCUCAGUUGUAAUACACUGGAGACACAUCAAAUACCCCAAAAAGACCAAUAAAUUAAAUGUUUUAUACAAAAAAAAAAAAAAA